ACUCCAUUACAAAUGAUCAGGCAAAAUGUAAAAAAAAAAAAGUUGAGUAAUUAUAAUAAUUGCUAUGUAAAUUAAGGUAUUCUUAUUUAUUCUUUGUCUUUUUUAACAAUCCUAACAAGAAGAGUUUACUGUUUUUAUCAGCAUUUAUUCAUGUAUUUACAGUCUCAGGCAUUAUAUUUGAGUGAAUUUCUCUGUGACCAUACCAUUUUUUUUCAGGGCUUUUUAAAGAUACCAAAGGUUUAGAGGUUUGGUCAUAAACGCACCUUCUCCCUGGUAUUUAAAAAUGACUGAUAUUGAUAGAAUGAUCAAAUGUAGCACUCUUAGGGAAAUAUGUUAAUAUUUGUAAUUAUCAGUAAAAUCUGACUAAUUUCCAAAGUGUUUGACAUAAAUAAGCAUCUCAGAAAAAUGUUAUAUGAAUAUGACUUUUUGUUAAGAAACAGGGCACAAUUUUCAUACAUGUAUUUAACCAGGACCAACAUGUUAAUCAGGCAUUUUGGGGAAGAAAUUAUAGAUCAACAUUCCUAUUAAAUAUGAGAUAUUCUUAUGAAAAUGUUCCCAAGUUAUUACUCCCAUUAUAACACUUCUUUUUUAAUUAUGGUUUUCCCCAAGAACAUAUUAAUAUACAAAUUAGAUGCAAAUUAGCCUAUAGAUACAUUGCAUAGAAUGGGAAUAUCAAUUUAUGGACAUUGCACACACAUAUUGCAUGAAGUAAAAUAGUGUAUCAAAUCAAUCUGUUAUCUUUUAGAACAUAGUUGAGAAUCAUCUUUUAUAUAAAGUUUGGUUAAAAUAGCCUGAAAUGUAAAAAUAAUACAAAACUGGUUUUUCCUAUGAAUGCCUUUUCAUGUCUAAUUAUUUUUUUUUAUAACUUCCUAGCGUCCUCUUCAAAGGACAUAUAAUAAAAUAUGAAUAUUAUAACUUAAUAAUAAUAAUAAUAAUAAUUUCUCCCUCCAUUUGUUUCUUAUGCUAUGAUGACGUACGUUACUGACACAAAUUUCAAAUGAUGUUCAACGGUCGCUCGGUCACGUCCAGUCCAGUAAGUUUUCUUUAGCUGUUGCGGUGAGACCUGUUUUUAUACAGUCUCUGGGUUAGACACAACUUAACUGUCGCGUCCGGUGUAGACACGGCGUUGCAGAAAAACAAGGCAAAAAAUAAAACAGCGGAUAUCCUCUUUUUUGCCUUUAAUUUGAUCUUGUUAGAUACUCGACGUCACCUUCAGAAACUCAUCUCAGACUUUUCUUGUGUAACGUGUUUAUUCACCUCGUAUUUUCCUCAGGGUUAACGAUUACAUUUAGUCAAAAAGAAACAGACAUAAGACGCUUUCUUCAACUUUCAAGAAUUGCUUUGAGUCUAAAUGUACAGUGUUUUUGCACAGUGAAAUAUGUCUGAAGACGGUAACAUUUUACAAGAACCAGAAAGUAGAGCUGUGAGUAUAAAUGAAGAUGUAGAGGAUGAGGGAAACCGUGAGAUUUUUCUGAGUGUAUUUGUUCAGCAAGGACAAAUAGGACUAAGUUACUAUGACAGUCACGAUUAUUCUCUGCAUUUUAUGCCGGACACCAUGGACAACAGCGACCUCCACCUGCUGGAUAGAGUCAUACAGGAGCUGAGUCCAAAUGUCAUAAUAACAAGUGCCAAACAGGAGCACAGCUUGACCCAGUUUAUCGAAAAGCUUGAAUUAAAUCGUGAAUAUACACCUGAAAUAGUCAUGUUUCCAAAUGCAAACUUUGGUCUGGAGGUCAGCAAACAGCGACUCCUCUCAGCACACCUCCCGUCUCUCCCUCCCACCAUCACAGAGAGCGAGAAAAUCCCGUAUCUCUCCUCCUGUAUCCCAUUAGAUUCAGUGCUGAUGAUGAGGUCAAUAGGAGGGCUGUUGAAGUGUGUGGAGAGGAGGAGCGUUGGCUUAGACUUGGAAGACAGCAGUACGGGUGUCCCUAUAUUGCAGUUUUUGACUUACACGCUGAAAGAUGUUGUCUACCUCGACAGAGACACAUAUAGUGCACUACAGAUCUUUAAAUCUGAGCUGCAUCCUUCCGUAUUUAAGCUCCACUCAGGCGAGAAAGAAGGAUUGAGUCUUUAUGGUGUUCUUAAUCGCUGUCGGAGCAAGUUUGGCUCUCUGCUUUUACGGCAGUGGUUCCACAGACCUACUCGAGAUCUGAACAUCCUGAAGAGACGUCAGGAAGUGAUCCGUUUCUUCACAGCCCCUCGUAACUUUGCUGAUCUUAACACUUUACAAAGUUGCCUGCGGAAUAUCAAGAACAUCUCAACGUUGCUGCAUAAAAUGUCUAGCUCUAACCCGAAGGUUGCCAUCUGGCAAGGCCUAUAUAAGACGGUGUACAGUGCAUUGUGCAUUAGGGACACUGUUCGCUCCAUGCCACAGUGCAUCCACCUUUUCAGUGAAAUCAGUCAAAACUUCACUGAUGAUCUUUUCUACAUUGCCACAUACAUCAGUAAAGUGGUGGACUUUGAAGGAAGUAUAGCUGAGAACCGAUUCACUGUUAGGCCGAAUGUUGAUCCUGUUAUUGAUGAGAAGAAAAGAAAGAUGAUGGGUCUCCCAGAUUUCCUGACGGAUGUGGCUCGUGCUGAACUGGAAAACCUGGACCCUCGUUUCUCCACCUGCAGCAUCAUUUACAUCCCGCUGAUUGGAUUUUUACUGUCAGUGCCAAGAUUACCCAACAUGCUGGAUAAACAGAGCUUUGAGAUUGAGGGUCUUGAUUUCAUUUUCCUAUCAAAGGACCAACUGCAUUACCGUAGCACUCGAACCAAAGAGCUGGACAGCAUGCUGGGAGACCUGCAUUGUGACACCAUAGAUCUGGAGAUGGCAGUAAUGAGGAAGCUUCAGGCCUCAGUGCUUCAGCGGAGUGACUGUUUGUAUAAGGUCAUGUCUCUAUGUGCAGAGCUGGACUGUCUCAUUGCUUUAGCUCAAGCUUCUCUGGAUCACGGCUACUGCUGUCCAACCUUGACACCAAACCACAGACUGGCCCUGAUUGAGUCACGACAUCCUUUGCUGGAGCUGUGUACUCCAGUAUUUGUGUCAAACACCUACAUCAGCUCUGAAACUGAGGGCAAAGUGAAAGUUAUUACAGGACCAAAUUCCUCCGGCAAGAGCAUCUAUCUUAAACAGGUGGGACUGAUUGUGUUCAUGGCGCUGAUCGGCUCAGAUGUUCCUGCUAAAGAGGCAGAGAUUGGGCUGGUGGAUGGGAUCUUCAGCCGUAUGCAUAGCCGUGAGUCUGUAUCAGUGGGUCUAAGCACCUUCAUGAUAGACGUGAACCAGAUGACUCAUUCCUUGAACCAUAGCACUGGGGAUUCUCUUGUUCUAGUGGAUGAAUUUGGUAAAGGAACCAACACUGUGGAUGGAUUGUCUCUUUUGACCGCAUGUCUCAAUCACUGGCUGCGGCGUGGGCCACAGUGUCCUCACUUACUUAUGUCGACAUGCUUCCACAGCCUCAUACAGCUGGGCUUGCUCUCUGAUUCUCCACUGCUGGCUUUACUGACUCUAGAGACAGCUAUAGAGGGAGAAGAGCUGGUGUUUUUGUACCAAGUAAAAAAUGGCAUCUGCCAGUCGAGUUGUGCUGCUAAUAUCGCCACUCUGGCUGGCAUUCCCGAUGACCUGGUCAAGAGAGGAGUGGAGGUGUCAGAGUUAUACAGAACAGGAAGAACCAUCAGAAAGAUGGACAGGCCAUCUUCAGAUGAACAGUACAGCAGGUGUGUUGAGGAGGUGGAGAAAUUCUUCAGCAUGGAUCUGGAUGACCCUGAGCUGGAUCUCGAUACUUACUUGAAACACGAGGUGCUCCCAACUCUUGAAGAGGUGCUGUGAAAUCAUCAUAGCUGAACUGUGGGACUGUGGGCUCAUUUUGUGGUGAAAUGUAUUUAAUUUCAGGGUUUCAAUAUUCACAAACGCAAACAUUUUAAGCUGAUGUUUUGAAUUAUAUCAUACUUGCUCCUGUGUUCCGAAUUGGAAAUGUUUCACAAUAUUUUAAUGACAUCAAAUUGGAGCAGUUUUAAGCAGCAGCAAAUGGCAGUGGUAUUUGUUUUGAUCCUUUUUUUUUUAAUUACUAUGUCUUGCAGAUAUAGUUCACAUACCUAAUUUGAACUAACCAUUACAGUGUUUUCUACAGUAUGUUUUUUUUUUGGCACAGAACAUUUUUCAUCAGAUUGAUUUAAAACAAUCAUUCUUUUUUUUAGUCUUGUUGUGCGAUUCAGUUGAGUUCAGAUUCAGAAUCAGUUUGUUAUAGUCCUUUGUUCAUGAUUUGAACAUACUAGUCAUGCUACAUGUUUGUUCUUGCAGCGAGUAAAGAUAUUUCAAUAGAAAGGUAUGUUGUCUUA